AGAGACUCAUACCUGCUCCAGACUGGGACCUAAGCAUGGCACAGGAGGGGGGGACAGGCAACGGAGUGGCAGACAAGAUCCCAGCUUCAGAUCUACCUCAGCCUGUCAAAGUCCAGCAGGUCAGACACACCAAGAUUUUCAUCAACAACGAGUGGCACACGUCAAUCAGUGGAAGGACGUUCCCCACUCUGAACCCAGCAACUGGGGACACCAUCUGUCAGGUCCAAGAAGGAGACAAAGAGGAUGUGGAUGAAGCGGUCGCAGCAGCCAGAGCGGCCAUGCAGCACGGCUCUGCUUGGCGGAGGAUGGGGCCGUCACGCCGAGGGAGGUUACUGCACAGACUGGCAGACCUGGUGGAGAGAGACCGGCUGCUGCUCGCGACCUUGGAGAGCCUGGACACGGGGAAACCGUUCCUCCAGGCUUUCUUCAUUGACCUGGAAGGCAGCAUUGAAACUCUGCGUUACUACGCAGGCUGGGCCGACAAGAUUCAUGGCAGGACGGUUCCUGUGGAUAAAACCUUCAUGUCCAUAACCAAACAUGAACCUGUUGGCGUCUGUGGAGCCAUAAUUCCAUGGAACUUCCCCCUGUUGAUGCUCAUGUGGAAGAUUGCUCCAGCGUUGAGUUGUGGAAACACCGUGGUCGUUAAACCUGCAGAGCAGACCCCCCUUACAGCUCUACACAUCGGGUCACUGAUCAAAGAGGCAGAGUUCCCUCCUGGAGUUGUUAACAUCGUUCCAGGGUUUGGAUCCACAGCCGGGGCAGCCAUUGCCAUCCAUGGUGGAAUCGAUAAAGUGGCCUUCACUGGCUCCACGGAGGUCGGACAGCUGAUCAAAGAGGCUGCAGCUAAAAGUAACUUGAAGAGGGUAACUUUGGAGCUGGGAGGAAAGAAUCCCUGCAUUGUGUUUGAUGACUGUGACUUGCAGCUGGCUGUGGAGGAGAUUCAGAAAGGAGCUUUUUACAACCAAGGCCAGUGCUGCACAGCUGCUUCACGGGUCUUUGUGCAGGAAAGCAUUUAUGAAGAGUUUGUGCGUCUUAGCGUAGAAAAGGCCAAGAAGAUCGUCAUAGGAGACCCUCUGGACCCACGGACAACACACGGGCCUCAGAUUGACCAACGACAGUUUGACAAAAUUAUGGACCUGAUAGAGAGUGGGAAAAAAGAAGGAGCUAAGCUGGAAUACGGAGGAGGCGCUGUGGGUGAAAAAGGCCUCUUCAUUCAACCCACCAUCUUCUCGGAGGUCAAAGACAGCAUGAGGAUCGCCAAGGAAGAGAUCUUUGGUCCUGUGCUUUCUUUAUUCAGCUUUAAGAGCCAACAGGAAGCUGUAGAGAGAGCAAACGACUCCCGUUACGGCCUGGUGUCCGCAGUGUUCACAACCAGCAUGGACAGAGCUCUGUCUGUCUCUGGAGCCAUGGAGACAGGAACUGUGUGGAUAAACUGCUACAACGCCCUGCAUGUUCAGACGCCGUUUGGAGGAUACAAGAUGUCGGGAAAUGGACGAGAGCUAGGAGAAUAUGCGCUGGCAGAAUACUCCGAGGUAAAAACCGUGACCUUCAAGAUGAAUCCAACCAUGUGAGACGAACUCAGAGAGUCCGCCUCCACGUCUUCCACCAUUCCUUAUACUGA